AUGGAAGGCUUUUUCUCUUUUCAAAUCCUAGCGUGCACACUACUCUUCUUCAUCAUAAUCCAUCUUCCUCCUCUCUUUUCCGACGAAAACAAGUUGUUUUCCAGCUGCGGCAAGUCCUUCAACUGCGCAAAUAUAACUGAAAUUACUUAUCCUUUCUGGGGAAAUGAUCGACCGAAGGAAUGCGGUUACCCUGGAUUCGAGCUUCAAUGCGACGGUCAGGGAAACACUGUAAUACAGAUUUCGAACGUAAAUUACCUUGUUCUGGAUAUUAAUUUGGAUGCUCAAAUUAUUACAGUUACUAGAAAAGAUCUAGGUAUAGAUGGAAUUUGUCAAUUUAACUCGACUAUAGAUAAUUCCAAUACAUUCGAGUACGCUUCGAGCUUAGUGAAUGUCACGUUCAAUUACGCGUGCUCGCCCUGGAUCGGAUCGUUCAAUUGUCCGAUUAAUGGAGUGAAUCAUAAGAAUAGUUUUACAAUUGGAGGUGAUGAGGGAGCUGGGACAUGUCAUGCUAGUCUAGUUGUACCAGGUCGAAAGGAGUUGCCGUCUGGAGGAAUAAUUCGAGAUUUGGGGGAUUUGAAGCAGUUGCUGGAACAGGGAUUUGAUGUGAAAUGGAAAGUGGAUACUAGUCAUUGUAAGGAAUGUGAAAAGUUUGGGGGACGUUGUGGAUUUGAUGCUGGUGCUAAUGAAUUUAGGUGUUUCUGCCCUGAUGAUCAAUCUUCUUCUUCUUCGUCGUCGUCCAAUAAUGCGUGUACCAAUGGACUUCCUUUCUCUGGAACUGAUAAUAGUAAACCGCUUUCAUCCCUGGCUACACCGCCUGGUACGUUUUUCCGAUUUCCUUCUUAA